CUUUGGAAAGGACCCCUGGACUACGCUUCUGUGGACGGGUUGGAUGUCUCGCUUAUGCAGCCGCACAAUAUUCCUCUAUCAGUCUCCUUCACGCGCGCAGACAUCGAGAAACCUUGGCCACAACUGUCUAAUUACGAUUUAAUCCACAUCUAGCUUCUCCUUGGAGCUGUUCGCGAUUGGAACGCUGUAUACGCACAAGCAUAUAAAUCCCUCCAGCCCGGGGCCCGUCUAGAACAAGCAGAAAUCGAAUGGAGAUUCUUCAGCGAUGAUGGAACUCUAGAGUCCAGCUCAGCGCUUGUAAAAUGGAGCGACACGCUGUGUCGUGCUAUGCGGACGGCGGGACUGUCUCUUAAUAUCGACGGCCGAACGAGGGACAAGCUGGAAGCAGUUGGCUUUGUAGACGUCUCCGAGGCGAUCAUUCAACUGCCGAUAAACCCCUGGAGCAGUCAGAAACGCCUAAAGGAGCUCGGCGAGUGGUUUCAUGACUGCCUGAGCCAGGCAGUUCACUCAAUGAGCAUGGCGGCCCUCACAAGAAUCGAACAAUGGUCGAAGGAUGAUGUCCUCAGGCUUGUGGAAGAUGCGAGGGAGGAAGCUCGCAGACUCUCGAUUCAUGCAUACUGCAAACUGUGAGUCGCCCUACCAGUAGUAUGUGGAUGGCGAUGAUUGGUGGUGCUGAUUCUCCAGCUAGACAUGUAUGGACAGCAGAGAAGCCCGUCUCGACGAAGUCGUCAGAUUGAUGGCAUUAGGAUGGCGGGGUACCCUGACGAGUCUCUGUGGAGCUUACCUGCCAACUGGGACUUGGCAGUCACAGUCUGCGCAGCCGCCAAUGGGGACGCACGCUGCCCAACCUGGCGCUGGUCGGCCCCUCCACAUGUGGAGCGACUUCCUGGGAGUUCAAGAGUCAGUGACUAGGCUUCCAAGGGGCGACGGGUAAUCUCUGCCCUCCUGAGAGCUGGUGCUAGCGUCUUCGUGAACUCGUCAGCUCCUUCGUAACUUCUCAAAGUAGUGGCAGAACAAACCGACAUAGAGC